GCGACUAUUUCAUUAUCAAUUAUUUAAGUAUUAGAUGUCUCUAUAAUUAAAUGUGGGAUAGUGAAACGUUGUGAAAAUGGAAAUGAUAAAGAUAUUAAAGUACCAGAGCCCCGAAUAAGGAUGUCAUUUUUGUCGAAACACAUUUUGUAUAUCGUUUGGAGAAAAGGUUCUAGAAAGCAAUCAAGAGCAAAAUAACAGCGUGUCAUCGUACGAGGUCUACGAAUCGCUUUGGAAAUAAUUUUCAUAAAUCAUCGACUCCUAUCGGAUCGAACAGCAGACCGUAACGAGCUGUGGUUCGCUUGUGUGGCGAGAGUGUGACUGGUUCUCGUGUGGUUUGUUGUGAUGGAAUUCCGAGCUCCCGAACCUGUUCCGAAUACCAGGCGUAGUUGCACUCGGUGGCGGACGAUGGCGCGUUCAGUGACUUUCUCGGGCCAAAAAUAUGUUUACCAUAAAUUUACGAAUUAUUAAUAAGCAUAUUCGAGGCGAACUGGUCCAGUACCCCGAUAUUUUUAGGAAUCCUCAUCGGAAUCUUGCCAAUUAAUUUUGGUGGAUCGAUGAGGUUAACUGCUAGUGUUGAUGGAUUUAUUUUAGGCAUGGUUUAUCGUAACAACAGUAUUUUGUUCCUUUUAAAUUUAGAUACGGUACAGUCUCGCUAUAUGACCCUGGACACUAUUGACAUUAUUUCUUAUUAAUUCACUGUCAAAUAUUUGAAAAUUUCUAAAUUCCUAAAUUUUUAAAUGAUAAAUUUCUGUAUCUUUCUGUGUGCUGUCAUGCUACUGGAAUGUCAGUACUAUGAUGCCAUAUAGCAGGACUGCGCUGUAUUUCUUUAUAUCCAUGUUGAAACGAAAAAGAUUGAUUUAAACUGCGAUAUUAAUUUUCAGUGGUAUUUCAUUCGCAGGUUUCUCUAAUUCAGCACAUUCCUCCGCCUGCGAAUUGCGCUCAACUCGAUUGUUUCUUUCUGAAUAGAAUCUGUUCAUUUGGAUUACCGAAGAAUGAGGAAGAAAGAACGACAUAAAUCGUCACAUGUUGUGCAAAUUCACGCCCACGAGCGAUGGGAUUAGCUGUUAAACGAACGUCUGAUAACCGCGUGCGAUUACCUGGUCUCUUUGCUAUUAAAAUACUCGGCAUUCCUGCUCGAUGCUUCACGAUUCCUCGAGGAUAACGUGGCACCUUGAUCUUGCUUGGGAAUUAUGGCGCUGACAGCGAGUUGGCGUGCUAUAGCUUCACGAAAAUCAAUGAACUGUUCAAGGUCACUUCCACAUAGUUUAAUUAUUGCAUUCUUUUAUUUCUAUUCUCUCCGUCCAAAAACGUAUACAGAGUCUUCAAAAGCACCUCGAAAAAUAUUGGUCCUUUUGUUAAAACUUCCUUACAUGUUUAAAAAAUGUUGGAAUAAUUUUUUUUGAACAUUUCUGUGAGCAAAAUUCUUCAAGUUUCUCCGAAGCUGGGAAGGAAAUUGGAAUUGGAGAGUUCUCGGUGGGAUCUCUUAUCGGUUGGAUUUUUUUCGUAAACGUGACGGCGUGGAUGGUGUGCACGUGCACUCGAUGCACAUGUGCAUAGGUGAGCGUGUAUCGAUCAGCUUUGGCCGACGUAUUCUGCCUACCUGAGGAAGAAAAAAAGGGGGAAAAGAGGAAGAGGAAAGAGGCGAGUUAGUUGGCCAUAGGUGCAUGUAUCUCCAUCCUAUAGAAUCAUCUACACACACGUGCGUUCGUGUAGCCAUCUAGUGAUGGCUUUAAGUUCUUCGAGAUCAAACUUCUUGAUCUAUUGAAGUGGACUUUGUAAGGAAUUCAUGGAACUUAUCUUGGAGGAAGGAUAUUGUUAAACUGAUCCUCAAGUGGAAUAUUUAAUUUAGUUGCUACUCGAUUUUUGAACUGUUCUUUGAUAACCUUAGAUAUGGGCCUACAAGUUAUAAGUAUUCUCAGACUUAACUAGUACUUCUCAAUCAAUUAUAUUUCUGUAUUUGUUCUUGUAAUCGUUCAAACACUAAAAUCGUUUAUUCGUAGGUAGAGAUUUGUUCAUAAAGUUGGCUGUAAUCGAACGAGACAGACACCCAUCGCUACACCCAUGCGUGCAGCUCCUGCAUGUGUAAAAGGCAAGCUUCCCCAUCGUGUGGUGGAGGGGGCAGACGACGGGACGAGGCGGAUGAAUGAAUGAAUCUUAAGACAGUCGUGUAAGAGGGGCAUUCACGAAUCCACGGGUCUUUUCAGCGACGUUUCUCUCUUCCAAAAGAGCACGGUCUUCGUUUCUUUAUUUUCGUACCUUGGCCAAUGUUUCCACGAUUAUGACCCUUGACCUUGGUUUUCUGGAGUAUUCGGUGCGUCGAUCGUCGGUUCAAAUUUGCGACCACUUGACCACUCGACCGCUUUCCUAAGACGUUCUCGAGGCCAGGACAUCAUGGAAGCCACUUUCUUCGGCGAGAGGAAGAUCCUUACUCGAGUCGAGUCCUUGGACGAUCCGUGUGCCAAAUAGCAUCAUCGUUCCAGUGUUCUUCUUCUAUUUCUUCGGCGUUCGAACUCGAGGAUCGCGUAGGGAAUCUGCAAGUCGUAAGGUUGACCAUGGAGUCGAAGAACUGGCUGCUCGUGGCCGAUAAGUGGAGGUCGGAGACAAUGGAGGUCUCGUCGAAAAGGAGAUGCCUUUGGCAACCGUGGCUCAACGUGGAGAAGCCACGAGAGGAGCGACCAAAAGCGACGAAUUUACACCGGAAACCAAGCAGCGCGUGGCGCAAAGAGCGUAGGAGAGAUCCAAUUCAGAGUGAGGCUCUCGACAUGUCUGCAGCCAGGGUUCAUCAUCACCAUCAUCACAGCAGGCCCAGCGUGAUCGUGCCAACCACGCCGCAGCCUGGUACAACGAUCGAAGACACGGCAGUAACGCCUACUCCAUCGCUGACACCGUCCGCAGCAACAGCAGGAGGCCAAAGAACCGGUAUUAGAACAGUGGGUGGCGUUAGUGAUCCUGCAAUAGACGAACACUUUAAGAGAUCAUUGGGUCUGGAAGAAUACGCGGCCGUUUUCAAUGCUACGACUACUGACAAGGAAGCAGGUCUCAGCGUGGAUGAUCACUUCGCAAAGGCGUUGGGCGAAACCUGGACGAGGCUGCAGGCAACCAGUCGAAGCAAAGACUCCACCUAACUGCCGGACAGUUAUCACGAGUUCCAUGGGUGUCGUCGUUAAAUUGUCGCCGUUGUCUCCGUUUGGUGGAUAUUCACUCCAGUGUCGUAUUCCAUUACUCGCCGAUCAGAAGUGGUCGUCACUCACGACAAACUAUUUUACUCGACAAUCCGAAUUCGGAGAUUGACGGUUCACGCAACGACAGAGUACCUAAGUGUCCUUGAGUGCGCAGGAUCACAUUCGUGGAUAGCGAAGGACGAGCUCAGGAUGCAGAGCAAGAUUAAUCGAAGAGCAACGUGCUUUUCUAACCUUGCGAAUCGGAUAUUGUACAUAGACGCAUAGUAUUCUUUUACUGUACGCCAUUAUCACGACCCUAGAGGUCAGAUGUUAUUUAUUACGAAGUUCCAUACUGCCUCGCUAAAUAGUUAGUAGAUCCGUUCACUCUCGAGAGUCUUUCGAACGAGAAUGUAUACGUUGAAGGCGAAUCGAGAGCCUGAACGGACUAACCUGUAUGUAAUAAUUCUUCAGCUAACCGUUUACGUUUCUAUACAUGUACGUAAUGAUAUGUUGUAAUUAUAGAAAGCCGAGAGACUUUAUAAACGACGUAGAAAAUAAGGAACCGUGUCGCGGUUGAACAUUGUAUCGAACAGAAAAAGAGGAUACAUAAAGCGACUGAUAACAUUUUAAUACCGAACUCUGGUUGUGCAAUGCAUUCCUCGAGCUUCUCCAGAUUCCCCAAGGGACUGCGGAUUGCUAAGAAGAGUAGUACUGAUUUCAAAUGGUGCUAGGAAGUCUAGUACAAACCCCAGCACGCACAGAAGUCAGUACCUCUGCCUUCUUAUUGUCCUCAGUUUCUCUCCAUCUCUGGCGUUUCGAACUUAGGACAAGAAAACUGCGAGACACUGCACUGUUUCUGCUGCACUUUGAGAAACGUCACUCUUCGAGCAAUAUUAGUCGGAAAAGGAACACGUUAGAAAAUACAGGAAAAGAAACAUAUUCUCCAAACGAUAUAGGUAGUUAGAAGAUUCACAAUACUGCUAUCUCAAGAUAGGAAAAGAAGUAUGACACAUUUUCCAAAUACGACAAGUCAGAAACUUCACAAUAUCUGAAAGUGAACACCGAUGGAAACGUACUUUAUCAGAGCUUCUUCGAACGACGUUAGAGGAAAAGCGGCACUUAUUUGGAAGUGAGGACACACAAUUAAGAAGGAUGGUGGCCAAGAGGCUUUGUGUAUCGUAGGUGGGCCCAGACGGGCGAGCCAGACUGUCCCAGGAGCGCUCGGAUGGCUUCCUAUAUGCAGGCAGCCUGUUCACUUGCCGUAAAGCAAAAUGGUAACUUAAUAUUAGACUUGAAUAUAAGUACGGUAAUCCCACACCAGAGUCCAAAGUAAGCCUACACCUACCCGCCCCGUCCGGCAGCCAUCCCUGGACCUCCGUUCCCCCUUACGAACGCCCUCGAGCAUAAUAAUACGAUGGGAUACUAGAUAUCGGUGCUCUCUGUGCUCUAGGUGCAAAUUGCGACCACCUAUGUUUCUUCUUUGUCUCUCUCUCUCUCCUUUUUCAUCUGUUUCUAGCGCUCAGCUGCUCAUCCCUCUUCCUGUCUGCAAGACUCUUCUUCUCCUCAUGAGAGACAACUCUGUUCUGGGUCUGCUUACUGCAGGAGCUAAUGGACUGUAAAGAAGAACUUGUUUCAAUCUAAUCGAAUUUAUGAAGCAAUUGGUGAAAGGUGUUGACCGAAGCGUGUCGAGUGGCUUUCAAAGAUAUCUCACAGUUUAUCAGCAUUCUUGAUAAGACCAGUUAUCUGAAGGGAAGAGUCUUUUUUUGGAUGAAUUAGUGACACUUAGAUGGUUCUUAAAACUUGAUAAACAACUGAAGAUAUUAUGUACAUUUUUCUUCUAAGAGAAGAAUUUAAUGUUGCACAAAUUACAGCUAUUUGUGUAGUAGCGUUAUAACAUUUAAUAUUUUUAGCUUCAGCAAACUUUUUAUGAAGCAUUAAACCAUGUAAGAAUGUUCUAUAUCGUCAGGAGCGUAAGUAUUGGUCACUAGUCUUGAAAUAGUGACGUUGCCAUUGAAGCCCUCCCUCCUCGUCACUUUCACCGUGAUGAACACCAUGUACUGACCACCCUCGUUGUGCUAGCUGAGUCACGGGGUGUUCUUUGCUUCUCAGCUGACUCUCUAAGCUCAAUAAACAAAAAGACUUUUAUAUUCAGAAAUCAGGAGUGUGGAGUUGAAAACUUGUAAUCUUUUGGUGUACAUAAGAAAGGAGCAAGAUUUGGUUCUCCCAAAAUAUGGACUGAGCUGAAAUUCUAAACUUUCAAAUCUCCAAAUUUGCAGAAGCUAAUUAUAUGGGACAGUGUACAAUUAUAGGACUCCAUCCCAGAAAUUAUGUAACCGUUACGGUGAAGAGAAGAUAGGGCUUUUCAGGAAACAAGAGUGUGAGCACUCUUCGAAGUGCGACGACCUUCGCGACGCGUAGAACUAGGAUAAACCAGUGGUCUGCGUGUCUCUUUAGAGGCGAAGUAAGCUAAUCCGGCCGCAUAUCAUGUUUUCAGCCCCUUUAAACGAUACUGAUACGCCUUAGUCCAUUGAAAUACACGACGUUUCUCUGAAUUUCCUUCGUCGCCGUAUCUCUACAUUUUCCAAAGAUACUCUACAAAAUGCUAAACUGUUUCUGUCAUUAUUGGACACGAGGCGAUCGUUAUCUGCUGACGUUAGGGUGCGUGCCCGUCUGAUUUUCGAGUAAUUUCAAAUUAAUCAGCCCCUAGGGGUGAAAUGCAGCUGUAAAUAGGCCAGUAGACCGCGAGCAGAUGCGUUGGAGUUAAUUCUUUGACUGCACAGGUGGUUCUGAUUGGACAUUUCCUAACGUUUACCAUUUCUCUACACUUAGACCAGAGAUUCUCAAAGUUUCAUAUUGUACAGAAUAAGUUUGAGACUUCAGUUAAAGUCUUUGUUACCCUAAAGCUUUCAUAUCUGGAUCCAAGUUUUCAACUGAAGCAAAACAACUCCAAGGAUCUUCGUGAUCGAUUCCGCUAUUCUUUGCAGACUAGGAGAUCGUGUUCUAGCUUUUCUAUCGGUUCACGGCAUUACUGUUUGUUUAUUUUAAGUCCCAGGCGUAUCCUGUUUCGGAACCAGACCCAGCUGACCGCAACCCGGCAUCGUUUUCUCGUUUUAUUCUCUUGCGUUACGCUUACGUCUCGGCCCGAUGUCGUUGGUGCGAAUUAAUCAAGAAAAAUCGGGCUAACCAGACGUUCUGGUGUUCUUUUUAUUCACACAACACCGAUUUGUAGCAACACUCGUAGAUCAAGCGCUAAGAUCAAAUUUGUAUGCAAGAUGAGUCCACUAAACUCAUGCACCUAUAUUUAAUCUUAUAUGUAACUGAAUCUUUGAAGAGAAAAUUUACCUUGAAGGUAAAGUAUACGUUUCAUCAAAAUUAUGUAAGUUUUAUUUUAAAUUAAGAUGUUACAUAAAUGGAUUAUAGGGAUAAAAUAUAUUGAAAUUAGUUUUGAUGAGAGCAAAUUGUAGUGGCAUAUAAAUUUUCAGGUUGUCUAAACGAUGCUGAAAGGAGGAGCUGUUUAAUUUAAAGCGCGUGGAGACGCUCGGCAUAGCACGCCUCGCAUCGAAAUCCCCAAGCCACCCUCUGCUACUACUAUCCAUCACCAUGCUCGAACGCUUACCCAUGCUGGAUGACACUAUACCAAAGAGAAACGACGCAAGAAAUAAGUCCUUUCCGGUAAAGUCUUGAAGCUGUUGAGAAUCGUAUUCCGGCACCAGCACCAAUACCACGAGAACACGCACACGAGGGUUCGUCGCUGGAUCCCGGAAGUGGAGGAGUACGCGGGAUCAACGGCGAUCGCGCACUAGGAUGAAACUGCGUCGAGUCGACGCCGACGUCGCGGCGGGUCCGUCAGGCGCAGAGACUGCGAGGCGAAACGGAAACGGACAUAGGUGAAAGACGAAUGACGAAUGGAGGGAAGAGAACGAGUAGCACAGAAGGUUUCCAACGGCAUGGAACUUCGUCCACGACUGAUCGAGUGUCCGAGGGGGUAGCAUUGGGUACAAUCGUCGUCUCCUGCGUACACUUAUAAAGGAGAAUAAUUCUCGCCUCCAAAAAUUAAGGGAUACAAAUUGCAAUGUAAAAGGACAACCUGUACACUGGACAUCAGUUUACUAAAUUGCAUACAAAAGAAACUGUUUUGAGACGUGAACGUAGUGAGAGUAAUUUUCAAAGAAAUACAGCUUGUAUAACCUCUGACUUUGGUUAAUAAUUUGUUACAAUAUUUAUAAAAAUUCUUAAAGGUGAAUGGGAAAAUGUAUAUAGAGAUGGGAAGAGUGAAAAGCAACGAUUUAUAAACAGUUUCUUUAAUAAUAAGUAAACGUGACAGAUAUGGCGCUUCAACACGAUAGAAAUAACUUUAUAUGUAUAUAUAUAUAUACAAUUGUACGACAUUUACAACAAUUUUUACACUAUCGUGCCGAGUAUUAUCGACAGGGAAAUUAAAUUAAAUUUUACAAAUGGUAAGCUAGUCGAAGAAAUUUCAAGGCUCGAAAUAAAUAUACAUACAAUUCUCGCUACGUGAAUGGCACGAUACACAAUUGAAAACCAUUUUUUUUCUUUCUUUUUUUAAUAGGGCAGGAGGUGAAUUAAGUAUAAGAACAGUUGCGACAAUUCGCUAGUUUAAAUUGGCGCGCAAACUUGGUCUUCUAGACAGUGGUGGGCAGGUUAAAUGCCCGGCAACGAGCUCGCGGGGUGCACGGUAGAAGUAGCGUCAAGAUGUUGAAGAAUCGUGAAAAUUUCAAGUUUAGUAAUUUGGGGAUUUAGGAAUAUAGAAAUUUUCAAUCUAAAGAUAUAGAAAUUUCAAAUAGAAAAGAUGACUACCACCUGUGCACGCCACAUCCAUGCACCGCACCCUCGUCGGUGCAGUUGCCUAUCACUGUUCCAGUACGUGUAAAAAGUGUAUAACAUUAGUGUGAAGUACAUCAUAAAAUGCAAAUUGGAAUGCAUAAUGUUCUUAAAUACGUGUCCCUACGGACUAACUGCGCAGAAGAUUGUAGAACGGUACAUUAUUCUCUACGUAAUACCGAUAAGAAUCGCAUCCCCUACGACUCGAACUCGAUUAAUAAUACAUGUAUAUUCAAAUCA